AUAUCGUUAUUAAUUGCUUAUUUAAUUAUGAACUAUAUUAACUUGAUCUGACAUAUUAUAAACUAUAAAAAAGAAAUCCAAGAAGUACAAAAUACUUAUGUGGUAAAAUUAUGACAGCGACUGCUCUAUGUAUGAUAUAAUCCAUGGUAACAGAAGGCGUGCACAUAUAACGAUACAAUAUUGCUACAGUUUGCCGAAUUGUCAAAUGAUCCUGAAGCCGUUAAUUUUGUAAUAUUGAUCAAAAUGUCAUUAUUUCAUUAAACAUGGUGAGAAAAAUGUGAUUUGAUAACUAUACGAUCUUCUUUACAUAUCGCAUCAAGUCGAUAAGAAGCAUUUGCUAUGACAACACCUAUGUGUGAAGAUGGAGGUCCCUUGAGAGAAUGGGCUCCUCUUGCUAUGCUUCUUCAACAAAUACCCGCAAAGAUUCAAAAUGGACUAUUCACGCAUAAUAUUAAUUUUACCUGUAUUGAUGCAGUACCUGAAUUUAUAGCCAUUGGAACUAACCAUGGUUUGGUUUAUUGGUUUAACAGAGAGAAACAAGAUCUUCAAAGACUUCGAUGUGAGAAUGUAAAUUCAAAGAUCACGUGUAUUCAAGUAAUAUCAACUGUGGAUUACAUGGUUGCUGCUGGUAAUGAACAUGGUGUUGUAACUGUAUUUCAAAUACCUAAAAAUCCACCAGAUUCAUUACCAGACAGCUUAAAACCAAAGCAAAAGAAGCAAGUAGAAAGAUAUAGUAUCACUGGUCUGCAUAAUAGUGCAGUGACAAGAGUUGAGUGGUCUAAGAAUGGUAUGAAACUAUUCAGUGGAGACCAAGAUGGCUUAGUAGCAUUGACUGAAAUUGAUUUUUAUAUGCAUUUAUCAAAAUCAUCAGAAUUAUUGAAUGAAAAGUAUGCAGUUGUACAGCUGAGUUACCAGCAAGGUUUAUUACUGGUCUCAACAACAUUACGUACAAUAUUAGUAAACAGAAAUGAGAAUGGCAAAGUAACACAAGUUGGUCAAAAAGAACGUAAAACAUUAGGAAAUUUAGGAGCCGUGUUCGGUUGCCGACAAAACUACGUGCAAGAUUUGGUAAUUUAUGCCAGCAGACCUGGGUUACGUUUGUGGCAAGCUGACAAGACCGGAACUGUAUUAAAAACACUUAUCUUUAAGGAUGCUAUUCGAUCUGGUCACACAGAGGUAGAACUGCUGAACCCAGCACCAGAAAGUUCUAAAAAAAGUCGCGGAGAACCUACGUUCGGUGUCAUUUUACCUUUUUGCGAUGACUUAUUAGUAACGUAUAGCGAUGAUAUUAUAUAUGUAGUAAAUCCACAGACUAUUGCUAUAACGUCCAUUGUAACUGACUUGCGUCGAGUUACUGAUGUUGCUUGCACUAAAGAUGAAAUAUUUGUCUUGGAAGGUGAAAGGAACAUUAUACGCAUAGCAUAUUAUCCUGAGACUAAUAUGUUUGCAACUGGAGGAAAAAAUAUCCUUGAUCCACUAUCAUCAAUUGCAGAAAUCAGUAAACCAGUAACUAAUGGCAUACUAGAAUUAACUUCUAAAUUGAAGGAAAGCUCGAUCGUGCCAGCCAUUCCUUUCCACAAAAUGAAUCCAACUAAUAUCAUUCAAUCUGUUAGCGUUACACCAGUUGUCACGGCUGACACUGAUGUAACUUCAAUAGUCCACGCAGAAGAAGCUGUAGAAGUACCACCUGUAAUACCAAUUAAUUUAAAUACUUCUUUAAUAGCAAACAGUAGUACUAUGGCAGAGCAGAAUGGUGCCUCUAGAAGAAAGAAUACCGAACAAACGGAUAAACACAAUGACAGACGGCAAAUAUUCCAAAAGAUCAGUCAACAAGAAUUUGAAGAUGUUGUUUUCACACCAGAAAGGAAACUUAAAAAAUCGCGUAAUAAACUAAUAAACGGAAACGAAAGUGGUUCAUCAUUGUCCGACGUUGAUGAUAUGUCUGCCUUCAAUAAGGAUAAAAUAAAUGCCAACGACGCUAAAACAACGCAUUCCUCUUUACUGACGCUCAGCGUCGACGAUGACUUUAUAUUGAAAACAGAAAGAAAUCUUGAACUGAUACAACGCGACGUGGAAAAUAAAGAGAAACUUUUAGCCGAUGUUCUGGACUUUGAUUUGUCGAAAUACAUGACGAGUAGUCAAAUCAGUACUACAAAUUCAAAUGUUUCUCAAUGUAUCGAUACAAGUACAUAUAUCGACUGCAAAAUACAUUCCAAUGAUUCUUCGAUAGACGAAAGAAACAGUGAGCAAGAGGUGUACAAUGAGCACAGUGAUCAUACAGAAACCGAGUCUGGCGACGAAGACGUCAGUUAUCGAACGGAAUUAAAGAAAUUGGAAGACUUAGGUGAAUGUAGGAAAAAACUCAUGCAAGAGAAGUUAAGCGACCCGUUAUUCAACAGUAAUUACGUUGACUCACGAAAAAUAUCGCAUACGGCAGAUGUGGAUAGGCACGAUCUAGAAUUCCAUAUCUUAUCAAAUGAAACUAUGAUAUCAACUGCUCUUGAUGAGGAAGGUUGGGUUCUGGUGAAAAAUGUCACAUCUUCGGUUGCAAUGUAAGAUUUAAUAACAGAGCAACUAUUUCAUGCACGAAUUACUUCAAUUUCCAUUCAUAAUUUACGAAUAGUAAGUUGUCCAAAGAUGUGCUUUCAAUUUAUUUCUGCACAUCCGGUUAUUAAGCGAAGCUUACAUUAGAAAACAGAUCGUUUAAGCGUGUAUUUUUACACAAAAUUUGAGUCAUAAUUAAAUAAUGCCUUCUAGUCGUAUUUCAGUGCAGUAUAUUCUACUUCUAUUGUAAAUGAAAAGUAUAUAAAACUUUUUAAUGGGCGCUUUUAAUUAGAACGAAUUUCUAUAAUAUUUCUGCAAGAUUAUUUUAUAUUGUGGAAUUAAUUUUUUUGUUUAUCUUACAAAAAAUAAUAAUUGCGUGCAAUUCGUUUAUAAUAUUAGUGCAAUAGAAAUUUAUUGCAUAACGUGAAUGUAUUAUAUCUGUAGAAAGCAUAAUUGUGAUUUUUUAGGAUUAAAUUUUUUUCGUUUAAAAAUUUAUUAUUACAAAGUAUUAUACAGUACAUGUUUUCCUGUAUGUUCCAGUAUAAGUGUAAUAUUUUUAAUAAAAUUAUUGUUAUUGAAAAUAUUUCAAUUUCUAAGAGAAAUCGAUAAUACUACAUAGUUAAAAUUAUAAGAAAAACUGUACCAUGUAUUUUGAUUGAUAAUGUAAAUGUUAAUACAAAUCGUCGCAGAAA